AUGGCGCCGCCUCCGCGGACUCUGCCGGACGAUCUCAUUCCGGAAAUCCUCCUCCGCCUUCCUCCGGACGAUCCUGCGGGGCUCGUCCGGGCCUCCGCCGUCUGCAAGGGCUGGCGCUGCAUCAUCACCGACGCCGCCUUCCCCGGCCGCUACCGCGCGUUGCACCCAACGGCCCCCGUGCUCGGCUUCCUCCACAACCCUAGCAACCGCAAGCUUCCCCGCUUCGUCUCCACCACGUCCUUCCGCCCUUCCGACGCCGACCAUCGCCGGUGCCAUGCGCUCGACUGCCGCCACGGCCACGCCGUCUUCUACGACUACGGCUCCCUCGACCCCAGGGGAGUGCUCGGCUCCUACGUCGUCUGGGACCCAGCCACCGGCGAGCGGCACAGCCUCCCCGAUGUGCCGGAUGUCUUGACACGCCCAGCUGUGGUCUGCGCUGCGGCCACCGAAGGCUGCGACGACGACCACCGCGGCUGCAGCGGGGGACCUUUCAUCGUCGCCUUCGUCGGCGUGGAGAACAUACCGAUACCGGAGAGCCAUUACUUCGACGCACACGCUUGUUUCUACGCGUCUGACACCGGCGAGUGGAGCGUGCACAUCAACAUCCACCUCGACCACGGCCGGUACAACCUCGACGAUCGCCCCGCCGCGCUGGUGGGGGACUCGCUCUACUUCUUCUGCCGACGGCGGGGAUACUGCGGUACCGGUACGGCCUCCUACGCCGUGUGCGCAGAAGGGACAUCAUCUCAGCAGGCAUCAGGGAACGCGACGUCCUGUCGAUGA